AUGGCUUCUAUCAUGGGGCUACAGCAGCCAGCUGCAUCCCAGGAUACCGUGGAUUAUGCUGGAUAUUUGCAGUCGACGCAGUGCCAUCAGAUCCAUGGAAGUCAAGCAAAUGGACAAAUCCAGUCCACGCAAAAAUCACCGUCUAACGAUCAUAAUACCAGCUUUACCAGCACCAAAGGAUUGCUCAAUGGACCCGGGCAGAACAACUGUUUCCUCAAUAGUGCCGUUCAGGUGUUAUGGCACCUCGACAUCUUCCGGCGAAGCUUCAGGGAGCUUUCUGGACACGCCUGCAUGCGAGAAUCCUGCAUCUUCUGCGCCCUCAAGGACCUGUUCUCGCAGCUGCAGUUUUCGCAAGAGAGCGCGCUGCCUCCCGAUACGCUGCGUCGCGCUCUGGCCGAGAGCUUUCUCGAUCAGCAAAGGUUCCAGCUCGGAUUCAUGGACGACGCCGCAGAAUGUUUCGAAAACAUUCUUCUGCGUAUACAUCUUCACAUCGCCAGCGGGGAGGCGGAAGACAUGUGCAGCGCAAAACACUGUGUGCCACACCAGAAGUUCGCCAUGACGCUGGUCGAGCAAAGCGUUUGCGGGGCUUGCGGUGCCACCUCAGAGCCUCUGCCUUUUACACAGAUGGUCCAUUACGUGUCAGCAUCAGCAUUGACGUCGCAAGCUCGACAAACGCCGCCAAAUUCUCGAAACAGCCCGGAUCUGUUCGGUCAGCUUCUUCGAAAGGCUGGAGGCAUGGGUGACAUCAGAGAUUGUCCUAGCUCCUGUGGGGCGAAAAUCCAAAUCUGUCGGACCCUGAUGAACCGACCGGAAAUCGUUUCCGUCGGAGUCGUGUGGGAUAGCGAACGGCCGUCGUUGGAGCAUAUCAUGGACGUUUUUGCAACCGUGGGAACGUCCCUCAGAUUGAGCGAUGUUUUCCACAGCGUGGUGGACUCCCGAUGGGGUGCCUCGACCGUGCACAAUCUCGUAGGAGUCGUCACGUAUUACGGCAAACACUACUCCACCUUCUUCUUUCACACUAAACUCAAGGUGUGGAUUUAUUUCGACGAUGCUACGGUGAAGGAAAUCGGUCCACGUUGGGAGCAGGUGGUAGAGAAAUGCAGAAGGGGAAGAUAUCAGCCGUUGCUUCUCUUGUAUGCAACUCCUGGCGGAACUCCAGUGAACACAGAGAAUGCCCCGAAGACCGUGACGCCUUUUCCAAACGGAAAUGGACUGAAGACACCCCCGAAGAAUAAUGUUCGACGAUCGAUCACUCCUAGCCCGGAGAAACCAUCGAUCAACAGUACCGCAAGACGUGCCAUCACGCCGAAUCCCGACAGUCCUCCGCACCCUUACACACAACGAAGGAUUUAUAGCGAUUAUCAGAAUCUCACUGACAUUCAGAACAACAUCUUUGGCAAUCAGGGUGUUGAUACGGUCGAUGGUGAAGCAGAGUCGAAAUAUAUCAGUCGACGUGCUGUUGAGAACGUGAUGCAACAGCAGAAGAAGCAACAAAUGCAGUUGACACGCAGUCUGAGUGCAGGAUCGACGCCACAGGACGCCAUCAGUAUUCCGGAUCACUUGAACGUGCCACGAAGGCGUGAUUCCGGAAACUGGUCCGGAGAUCGAAACAGCGCGUCCUCAAGUUCCUCGACGACAAUGGAUAACCCGUAUUUGUACAUUGUCAAUAAAAUGCAGAGGAACUCGGGAGUGCCUAAGAGUCCGACCAGUAAAUCUGGAGAACUCUCGAGCAGUAGCAGUGGCCAUUACGAUGCCGGAUACGACUCGUAUUCUUUGUCUUCCACGGAUAGCCUUCCACUACAACAGGGCCUGAAGCAUAACCUGCAGCUUGCCCAGAUCCCGGAAGGCUACCAAGCUUCCUCAGGAGAUGACUGCGAGCGCCUCUGCAAAGAAACCGACGCGUUGCUGGACAAAUCUCGAGCAGCUGAGGAUGCAGGCGAUCUCAGCACUGCGGUUGCUUUGUGCAGCGCAGCGAGCAGCAAAGCUAGAGCCGCCAUGGAUGCUCCGUACAACAAUCCUCAUACGAUCACGAUAGCAAGGAUGAAACACAACACUUGCGUGAUGAGGACCAGGAGUCUGCAUAGAAGAAUGCUUCAGGAACAAGCAACGGCGAAUGGAGAAAAAGAAGAAUGUGCACCGGAAGGAAGGCAUUCGCGAGAGAACAGCAAGUCUGGACAGCACUCGAGACAGAAUUCCAGGGACAAAGGAAACCACUCCAGACAGAACAGUCGCGAACUCUUGGUAAACGCUCCAACAACAACCAACGACAAACCAGUUACGAAGAGCAUCGAGAUCUACGCGACGUUACCCAAGAAGAAGACGCUACGCAGCAAAGCAACAGCAGUGAACGUGAUCGAGGACGAAGAGUAUAUGUUGUACGACCGACCGAUGCAGAGGACAGGUUUAUUCAGUCGUACGAAACGCUGCGACGACGACAAGAAGGACAAGAAACGUGCUCGAAGCGAGGAGAGGAACAAGAACGUCUCGAAAGACUUUUCCAUCGCUCCGUCUCGAUCCUCUCCCUCGCCGAAGGGAAUUAAAGUAGAGAAAUCGAAGGAAAAUGUCGACACAGUUACCAACAACGCUCGAAACUCUCAGCCCGGCAAUGCCAAUGGCGAGCAGAAACAGGGCAAGAAGCAGCAUAAGAUUCGCCGGAAACUGUUGAUGGGCGGGCUGAUCAAGAGGAAGAACAGAAGUAUGCCGGAUCUGCGCGAAGGCCAGGACGGACAGGCGAACGUCAAUGUGGAGGGAUCCUCCAACACCUUGCCGAAGCAAUCAGUGGACGAUUCCAGUGUCGGUCUGAAAGGCAACGAGGUGAGCCAGUCUCUGAGCGGUUAUCUUUCAGAGGGACACCUGGAGUUCACCGGGAACGGUAACAGCAACCCGGGAAGUACGAGCAACCCGAAUCUGGAGAGAAGUCGUCUGAUGAGAAAGAGCUUCCACGGCAGCGCAGGCAAAGUGUUACACGUAGCGAAGGUACCCCCGCCUCCUCCGCUCAGGACCACUUCUCAGCUUAGCAAGUCUAAGUGUUCGGGUGAAGUGCACAACGAGCAGCAGUCGGAGAAAUCGGUUUAUCCGUCGUCGGACAGCCAGUGUGCGUCGAAUCCGUCUCAAGAGCAGAACGGGACCUACUGGAACCAUGUGAACGCGACGAAUUCGUCCGGUGGGGCUAACAGGACGUCUAACUACACCGAUUACUCAUCUGAGUCCCAUUCCCUUCCGUUCUUACCUUCCUACGGCAUGGAACAGAAUCCUGCUAACGUGUCCACGUCUUGUUCCACGAAUUACAACAACAAACCUAGGAUUCAAGAUGACGUGGUGCAGUACGCUAAUGGGAUUCUAUACGAACCUACUUUUGUGGUUACUCGAGCAGACGUGCACAACGAACAGAGUCCCGUGAAGCAACCGAAUCAGUUGGACUCCUUGCCUCCGUAUCCAGAAAGUGGGAACGUUUCUCACUCGAGACAGCCCAGUGAAGAUUUUCCUCCUCCACCGUAUCCUUCUAUCCACUCUGUCUCCCAUUCGAGGCAAGCCAGCGAAGACUUUCCACCUCCGCCACCUCCGAUCGACGAAACCUCUAAUCAUAUUCAGGAGAGUCAACAACAGUACCAGCAGCAACAGUAUCAACAGCUUCAGCAGCAGCUGCAACAUCAGCAACAGCAGGCGAUGGUACCGAUGCAGCAGCGUCAACAACAGUUGGACAGUCAACACAUCAACAGUCUGUUGACGCAGCUGCAAAUGAAGAGGGAUCAGAUUUUGGCCUCCGAAGUUUCGAGAGAGGAGAAGAGGCCCGAAGAACAGGAGGAAGAAGAGAAAACGUCUGGAGAGACUUGGUUACGCGAGUUGCAAGCCAAACAGGCGGAAAGGAGGAUGAAGAAACAGGGUCCUCUUGAUCAGGAUAUUCCAAAAGUUAGGACGUCUGUUCCAACGAUUUCUGGGCCAACGAUCGCAAGAAGAACGAGCGAUUUGAUGAUGAACAGUCUUGGGCAAAGCUACGAUCAGCCCAGUCGCGAUGUGCCUGAUUGUCCACGAGUUGUUUCUUCUGUGAAAGACAUGGCAGCCAGAUUCGAGCAAAUUAAGCUUCAACCUGUUCCGAAAACGGAACCUGAACAGAAGAUGUCGACGAAGCAGAGUAUGAACUGCGGUUCUUCUUCUCCGAUGUUCGACGCUCCUCAGGAUGUUCAGCAGAUGGACGAGUCGAGGCCGAUGAAACUUUCCACGGAAAAUUUAGCGAACUUCACGAAAACCGACGGUUCUUCGAAUCAGUCGAUCAUGAAUUCCAGCUUCGAAUCCAGUUCGAGUCAGAACAGUUUCAUUUCAACCACGGCGCCGAGUAAUUCCAUACAAACCCAGCAAAGUGGGUUGAACCAGGCGAUCAUGUCGAUGUCACUGACACUGCCACACGAGAAUGGUUUGCCUAUCGACUAUCCCGAAGACGAUAUCAGCGAGGUCGCCAUGCAGAAUACUAUUCAGAACACGAAAAUUCUACCCAGCGAAGAAGACAUCGCGCCGAGAAAAGUGAAGCGACGAAUUGGAAAGAAAAAGAGUGUGUCGUUCUGUGACCAAGUCGUUCUCGUGGCGACAGCAGAGGACGACGAGAAAGACUCUUACAUACCUAAUCCCAUUCUCGAGAGGGUUCUUCGUUCAGCGAUGAAUAAACCAGAGACAGCUCAAGUUCUUCGAGAGAUCAGGAGUCUUCAGGAGGCAGAGAUGAAUCGAGAAAACUGCAACGCCACCAAGUUCCAACAGCAGACUCUGCCGUUGAAGAGCGAAGCUGACAGUGUCCCUGCGACUCCUUACCAAGAUCAGCUGAGAAGCGUGAACCCUAUACCCAUUCCAGACACCAUCAAACCUACCUUUGGAAGGCAGAAUUCGAACGAAUCGGUGGGUUCCUUAUCAGACAAGAAGCUAUGCGGCUCGUAUGGCAACGAAGGACAGGAUGUCGUCAGAGACAGUUACACAGGACUGUCGAAUGUGUCCAAACCACCUACGUCAUACUCUCCUCAGCUUCAGCAACAAAUAAGAUAUUCUCAAAAUGGAUACAUGCCAUACUUGCAGUCGCAAUCAGCAUAUCCCCAAGCGCAAACAUCUCAUCCGAGGAACCAAGGAAUCCCACUCUCUCAAACUCAGAAACCAGCCAGUCCUUAUCCAACUCAAAUGCACGGACAAUACGUCCAGAACAAUGUUCAGCAACAAAAGCCAAUGUGCCAGAAGAACACCUAUCAGACCUACUAUCAACUGGAGCAACAGCACAAUCAGAUGAACAAGCAUAUGUCCCAGCAACAACAGCCAAACAUGAACCAGAGGAUUUCGAACCACAAUGCAAGCCCUAUAACGGUGCAGCAUGCUCAGCAGCAAUUCGCCUAUCCGCCAACUCAAUCACCCAGCCCCUAUCAGAAUCAGUACAGCCACAGUUCCUAUCAGGGUUACCCUUAUCAAUCUGUUCCUCAGCAGAACAGAAUAAACCAGCCACUGCCGCAGUAUCAACCACCGCCUAAUCCUCCAACCUCUUAUCAGCAACAGCAGAACAUGCAAAAUUAUCAGCAAAGACACGACAACUAUCAGAGGCCACCUCAAAAGGCUGAUCAGCAAAAUAUUUUGGCACCGAAUCAGACGUACCCGAAUCCACUGCAAAACGGGCAGAUUCAGUCGAACAUGAAGUAUCCGACUUAUCAGCAUCCACCUGUGUCGAAACAGAGCAAGCAGAUCCAUUUCGUUUCUGCGUCGAAGGGGAAUCCCACGGUGACUCAGCCUACGUCCUCUUUGCAGAAACCUGCUGUUGGAGGCACAACUAGAACGGCGCCUUGCCAUCUCUGCCGAAAAAAGCAGGUGACUGAACCAGCGAUUUACUGUUCGGACUGUGACUUCUACAUGUCCCGUUUCCGACCGAAAAAUUGA